GCCAUGAUUAAUUUAUGAAAUAUUUAUGCAUAGGUUUGAAUCUCUAAAAUUAAAUUAAAUAAGAAAAAGCAACUCCUAAUCUCUAUCCUUGACCUGGGCCGAAUCUCUCAGCCCACUUCUGUUUUCUCCUCUGUACGAGGGAGGCGGGAGGCCCAGCGCGUCGCUGCCUGCUGGGCGUUCGUCUCUCUCUUUCCCCCGUUCCCCUCUCUUCUCACUUGGUCUUCUCUUCCUUUUCCUGGCGGCGACAAGCCGACGACUGGGCGAGCAGCGGCGCCCCUCGCGACGUCUUCACCUGGCCCUUUGCCGGCGACGAGCACCACUAGUCUUCCGCUAGCAGGGACAGUAGGCCGAUGGAGUGCGUGGUGCAGGGAAUCAUCGAGACCCAGCAUGUUGAGGCUCUUGAGGUUCUUCUCCAGGGUCUCUCUGGUGUCCCAAAAGAGCGUGUUAGGGUGCACGAGCUCUGUCUUAAAAGUGGACCCAAUCUAGGUGUUGUCCCAUCAGAGGUUCGUUUGUUGUGUGACUUAGCUCAACCCACACCAUCCUGGACCAUAAGACAUGUUGGUGGUGCCAUGAGAGGUGCUGGUGCAGAGCAAAUCUCAGUUCUGGUCCGUACAAUUGUAGAGAGCAAAGCUAGCAAGAAUGUCUUGCAGUACUUUUACACUUUAGGGUACAAGUUAGACCAUGAACUCUUGAAGAUUGGUUUUGCUUUCCGUUUCCACCGAGGUGCCCAGAUCACCGUCACUGUUACAUCUGCUAACAAGAUGCCAAGACUCCAUGCAACCGAUGAAGCUGUGCCGGUCACUCCUGGCAUACAGCUAGUGGAAAUCACAGCUCCUGCUGCUGCUGACAAUUACAAUGACGUUGUUUCAGCCGUCACUGCGUUCUGUGAAUAUCUUGCACCGCUGCUGCACCUGUCGAAACCAGGACACUCAACUGGAAUUGUCGCAACUGCUGGCGCCGCUGCUGCCUCGCUCAUGUCAAGUGGUGGUGGCAAAACCUUGUAAAGUGGUCUUCUUGGUCUCUUGGAGCUGAGUGGAAUGUGUGGCUGUUGAUGUGUUCUUCUUUGUGCUGAGUAGGCAGUUUUUCCGUAUUGCUGGCGGUCCAUGGCUGACGCUGCCUGUACCCACCCAGUUAGUUGACCUCCUACAUCUGAUUCCAUGACGGUGUCGUGCCUUGUGGCUGCACGGUCCGUGAGACCCACCUGUGGUGUAUACACCUGUUUUUAGUAUAAUCUUAUUGACCAAGCUGGCGUUGUGAUCUGAUCCGGGUAGUUGUUCUGAAGUAAUGCACUCGCAUGUUUCGCUAUGCUUUAGGAAGCUGCAAAUUGUUGGUGUUUGGGACAUCAUGGGGCAAUCUUUGUAAUCUUUUGUGAUGUCGAUGAGACGAUGACUAUUAUUCUUGCACUUGUCUAAUUGCGUUCAUUGGAGCAAUGUUGGACUGAAAUGUUGAAUGUGAUAGGCAUUUAAUUUGUCC